AUGGCCGGGAUGGAAGCCAGGGGCCACCUGUGGCUGGAGAGCCCCCCCGGGGGAGUGCCCCCCAUCUUCCUGCCCACGGGCGGGCAAGCCCUGGUCCUGGGCCGGGGACCCCUGACCAAAGUUACCGACCGGAAGUGCUCCAGAAACCAAGUGGAGCUGGUCGCAGACCCGGAGGCUCGGACCGUGGCUGUGAAACAGCUGGGAGUUAACCCCUCGACUGUCGGGACCCAGGAGCUGAAGCUGGGGUCAGAGGGCUCUCUGGGGGUGGGGGACACGCUGUAUUUGGUCAAUGGCCUCUACCCGCUGACCCUGCGCUGGGAAGAGGCCCCCGUGCCAGAAUCCCAGCCAGAUACUCCACCCGGCACCCCUCCGGUGGCCCCAACCGAGGAGGAGGAGGAGGAGGAGGGGGAGAAGGAGGAGAAGGAGAAGGAGGAGGAUGAACCACAGAAAAAGCGAGUGAGGAAGUCGUCCCCUGGCUGGGAGAGCUUCGAGAAGCUGCUGGUGUUCACCGCACCUGGGGUGAAGGCCCGAAGCAAGGUGGCCGGCUUUGACCUGGACGGGACCCUCAUCACCACGCGCUCCGGGAAGGUCUUUCCCACCGGCCCCAGCGACUGGAGGAUCUUGUACCCAGAGAUUCCACAUAAGCUCCGGGAGCUGGACGCCGACGGCUACAAGCUGGUGAUCUUCACCAACCAGAUGGGCAUCGGGCGUGGGAAGCUGUCAGCAGAGGAGUUCAAGGCCAAGGUGGAGGCUGUGCUGGGGAAGCUGGGGGUCCCCGUCCAGGUGCUGGUGGCCACGCACUCCGGCUUGUACCGGAAGCCGGUGACUGGCAUGUGGGACCAUCUGCAGGAGCAGGCCAACGAGGGCGUGCCCAUCUGCGUUGGGGACAGCGUCUUCGUGGGAGACGCAGCUGGACGCCCCGCCAACUGGGCUCCCGAUCGGAAAAAGAAAGACUUCUCCUGUGCAGACCGCCUGUUUGCCCUCAACCUGGGCCUGCCCUUCGCCUCCCCGGAGGAGUUCUUCCUCAAGUGGCCGGCGGCCGGCUUCGAGCUCCCAGCCUUCGAUCCGAGGACGGUCUCCUCCUCAGGGCCGCUCUACCUGCCCGAGUCCAGCUCCCUCCUGAGCUCCGACCCCGAGGUGGUGGUCGCCGUGGGAUUUCCUGGGGCCGGGAAGUCCACCUUCCUCCGGGAGCACCUCGUGUCCGCAGGCUACGUCCACGUGAACAGGGACACCCUGGGGACGUGGCAGCGCUGUGUGGCCGCGUGUGAGGCCGCCCUGAGGCAGAGGAAGCGGGUCGUGAUCGACAACACAAACCCGGACCCGGCGAGCAGAGCCAGGUACGUCCAGUGCGCCCGGGAGGCCGGCGUGCCCUGCCGCUGCUUCCACUUCAGCGCCUCCCUGGAGCAGGCGCGCCACAACAACCGGUUCCGGGAGAUGACGGACUCCUCUCACGCCCACGUGGCGGACAUGGUCAUGUUCGGCUACAGGAAGCAGUUCAAGGCGCCGACGCCGGCGGAAGGCUUCGCCGAGGUCCUGGAGAUCCCCUGCCGGCUGCGCCUGGAGCCGCAGCUGGAGCGCCUGUACCGCCAGUUCUCCGAGGGCUGA